AUGAUUGAGAGAAAUCGAGUUUCUAGUCAAUAAAAACUACCUACCUUAGAUUUAUCGUCUACAAAUCGAGGAACUGUCGACAGGUUGAAAGUUAAUGUAAAAAUUAUGGCAUUUAUGUAGAUUACUGUUUAAUCAGGAGAUGCAUAAUUCAUAAGUUUUCGAUCUUUAAAUGAGCAAAACCCUAAGUUUCCCUUGCCUCACAAUUCAGUGGAUUCAUCAUCUAAUUUGAAUUCGAGCAUUUAAAAUGAUUUAAAUUAGAAUAAGAAAAUAGUUUAAUUAUUGGGCAAUACACUCUACCGAUAGAAAUAUGAGUAUUAGGAAGUCUAAGAAACUUUAAUAGUAAUUCAUUCAAACAUAUAAAGAAAAAAAUGAGAACAAUGACGAGAAUGUAAAAAUAUGUAAAGAGAAUACCUCAUAAAGUAGAACCAUUUCAGAAUUUCGAGAAAAUUGCCUAAACAAGUCAAUAAUAAGUUAAGAAAAAAGUUUCAUUUCCUAUGUUUUAUAAUGGUGCCUUUUUCACCAAACUCUAGCAUUAAUGGAUACCAACAGUUAGAGAAAAUACAAUGGCAGCAGACUAUUAAAAGAGAAUAUAUAUUUUUGGUGGAAUAGGAAGUGAAGUAUUUGGAGAUAUGAUUGAAUAUGAAAUACAAUUUGGGAAAUUUAGAGAACUUAAAUAAAAAGGUGAUAUUCCCUUAAAUAGAUAUGGACAUUGUUUGCAUUGUAUUGGAUAUCCUAUGCUUUUAUCUACUUAAUUUUCGUAUGACAAUUAACAAUAAAAUUCAAUUAAUGGAAAACAAUUAAUUAUUUAUGGAGGAGAAAUGCAAUUUAACUCUGCCUUGAAGAUAAGAGAAAAUUUAAGUGACACUAGAAUCUAUGAUAUUGAAACUGAAACAUGGCAAUUACUCAAACCCAAUAUAGAGUGUAUUCCAGAAAGCAGAAGAUCGUUUGGAAGUUGUAUUAUAGGACGGGGUUUAUUAAUAAUGGGAGGUAUACGUAGUAGAUUCUAAGUAUUUAAUGAUCUUCAUUAUUUAAAUCUAAGUAUUACAAUCAAUUAAUGUAGGUUUAUGCAAAUGGACUCCUCUUGAAACACAAAAGAAUCCUUUCAUAAAAGGACUUGCAUUCUAAUAAUUAGUGUGUGUCUAUAACAAACCUCAAUAUAUCUUUGAAAAAAGAGAAACACGUUCUAAAUAAUUAAAAAGUUAUGAUUAUGAAGGAGUCUAUUGUUUUGGGGGAUGUUUUAUUGAUGAAAAUAAAAAUACUUAAUAUUAUAGCAAUUUUUUAGCUAUUUUGAAAUUCGAUUAACCAUUUAAUAAUUGGAUUAUACCUGAAAUUACUGGUAAACCUCCCCUAUCCAGAAUUUAGCAUACAGCUUCUUACAUUCAAGAUAUGAAUAUUAUCAUCAUCUUUGGAGGAAGAGAUGAUUAAAAAAACAAUCCAUAUUUUAAUGAUUUAUUUGCAUUCAAAAUUUUAGAUCGAGAAUGGAUACAAUUGGAUAUCUUUGGCAGUAUUCCUCGACCUAGAGCUGCACAUACUGCUGUUUCUUAUAGAAGCUAAAUUUUAUAUUUUGGUGGUGUUAAUCUUAAUGGGUAUGUAGAAUUUUCUGUAAAUAUUGCUGAAUUUAAUUAAAACUAAAUACGUUAAUUGGCAGCUGAGUAUAGGCCGAAUGACUAAGAAUUAGAAAGAGAAGAACAAUAACCUUAAUCUAUUAUUAAUAAGCAAUACUUUUCUUUGCAUUCAAUAACCCCUGUACAACCUUUAAAGAAACUAACAAAAGCUGAAGAAUUAGAUUUGUAAAUAAAAUAACUGUCCUUUCAAAACUUUCCAAAGCAUCUUAAAUGA